GAGCAUGCGCCCACCGUACCAUCACCGCUAAACCCAGCCUCGCGCCAGCCGUCGAAAACCCCAGCUCCGCACGCCGCGCCGAUCCAACGCGAGCAGAGGGAAAAGAAAGACUCGUUGAAGAAGCGCGAGAGCGCGGCCAAUGGCUCAACGGCAUCAUCAGCAAAGCGCAAGGCCGCCGCUACGCACACAUACCCAUCACCCCAGCGAUUCAAUGUGCCUCCCCCGCGGGCGCAGGACUUCGAGGAGCCCAAGGACGACUCGAUGAUGUCCCACGAGCCGUUCCCGCUGUACAUGCCCGACAGCGAACGACAGCUCUACAAGCCCAUCGACCUCGCCGAGAACAAGCGUGGCUAUCGGUAUUCCCGCGCCAUCGCCGACCCCCUCUUCCCCCACAAGCAGUACUAUCGCGCGACCUCGCCGCCGCCGCAUUACGCGCGCAUGAGCUUCGAGGACGCGGACAAGUGGAUGCAUUUCACCACCAACGCGCUCAUCACUACGAACGAGAAGGGGUGGAGGAUGGCUCGCUCGAAUGUCUGUGCCCGGGAGGGGAGCCUAUACUACGAGGUCAAGAUCCACCGCGGCGUGCCGGCGGCGGGCCCGAAUCUCGGAGAGACAGGUCCGCAGCCAUAUGUGCGAUUCGGAUGGGCGAGACGAGAGGCUCCGCUGGACGCGCCGGUCGGGUUCGACGGGUACAGCUACGGGGUGACGGACGUCCGGUUCGAGACGAUGCACCGGAGCCGGCCCGGCAAAUUCUUCCAUCCCAAAAAGGCCAAAGCAAAGCCCUCCGUCAAAGGCCCCGCCGCGGCACCGACCACCAUCACCCUCGCGCCCGAGGACCAACACGUGAAGGAAGGCGACGUGAUCGGCGUGGAGAUCCAGCUCCCCUCGCUCUCCCUGCAGCAGAAGAUCGUCAGCGGGGUCUACAACCCGGCCGUCGACGCCGGCGACGGGUUCGACCACGCCUCGUCCGCGCCCGAGGCCGGCACCGAGCCCGCGGACGUGAUCCGCGACCGCAUCCCCGUGCCCUACAAGGGCAACAGCUACUUCGAGGUCCUCGACCACGUCGCCUCCAAGCCGAUGGAGAUCUACUCGGACCGCACCACCAACCUGAACAACCUGCCCACCUCCUCCUCCGGCGGCGCCGCCCAACGCGACGGGAUCAAGGCCGCGCCGAACCCCAACCACGAAUCGCCCUCGCUGCGGACGCUGCCGCACAGCGCCAUGCGCGUGUACAAGAACGGGAAGCUGGUCGGCACGGCGUUCGAGAACCUCCUCGCGUUCCUGCCGCCGGCGAGCGCGCCGGCCAAGGGCGGCGGCGCGCGCGAGGGCUUCGACGACGGACUGGUGGGCUAUUUCCCGGCCGUGUCGUGCUUCUUCGGCGGGAUCGCCGAGGUGAAUUUCGGGGAUACGGGUUCCGGGUUUUGGUGUCCUCCGUCGCAUCUCAGGGCCACGACGGCGAAGGCGACGGCGACUGCUGUUGCGACCUCGUCGUCCACCACACGCGGGUGGAACCCCGGGAGGCAGUUGCGCGGGAUCGGCGAACGGUACAAGGAGCAGGUCGCGGAGGACGUCGUGUGGGACAUCAUCGACGAGGUGGACUUCUUCGUGCAGGACGGCGGCUUCGAG